AGAUUCGUCCCACAUCUUCGCCUAGCACCAAUCCGCAGCAACACCACCAUGACUGAAGACAUCGAGGCCGCCAGGGCUAAGGUUGCCGAACUCGUCAAGUUCGACGUCCUGACCGACACUCAAUCGGAAGACAAUGCUCGUCAGGCUACAGACGUAGCCAGAUGCUUCAUAUCCGAUACAAUCACAGUUCCAAGCAGAGAGAUGUACAAGUAUGCUAUACAAGCGUCCCUUGGCGACGACGUCUAUCACGAACCGUCAACCAUCGCCCUAGAAGCCCACAUGGCCCGAUUGACCGGGAAAGAGGCAGCUCUCUUCAUGCCCUCGGGCACUAUGUCCAACCAAAUAGCCUUGAGGACACAUCUCAAGCAGCCACCGUAUUCGGUUCUAUGUGACCAUCGUGCGCACAUAAACAAAUACGAAGCAGGCGGUGCAGCUUUCCACUCUGGUGCUCAUUUGAUCACAGUCAUUCCUUCAAACGGUCAUCAUUUGACUUUGUCCGAUAUUCAAGAACACAUCGUCACUGGCACCGAUCUCCAUUGCGCUCCAACUGAGAUUAUAGAACUUGAAAAUACCUUGAACGGUACCAUUAUACCCCAGGAGGAAAUCGUCCGCAUCUCCGAUUAUGCUCACAGCCAGGGUGUAAAAAUGCACCUUGAUGGUGCUCGCAUCUGGCAUGUAGCUGCAGAAACAGGCAACCCCAUCGCAGAACUGGCCUCACCAUUCGAUUCUGUCAGUCUUUGCUUUAGCAAAGGCCUCGGCGCCCCCAUCGGGUCUUGUCUUGUAGGCACGAAAGAGUUCAUCACCAAAGCGCGCUGGUUCCGGAAACUCUUCGGCGGUGGAAUGCGGCAGACUGGCAUCCUUUCAGCCUCUGCGGCAUAUGCUCUCACCAAUUACUUUGUGAAACUGCCGCAUGUGCACUCGCUUGCUCGCCGACUUGAGCAGGGCCUCAAGGAUAUUGGGGCGCAUAUAACAAGCCCGGCCGAGACUUGCAUGGUUUUCUACGACCCAUCGCCUCUUGGUUUGGAUUACGCUGAGAUCGCCGAGCGCGGUAGCCAGCUGAAUGAGCGAAUCAUAUUAGGCGGCUCUCGUCUGGUCGUGCACGUCCAGACUACUGAGAAGGCUGUAGAAGAUUUCCUCGCCCUGAUUCGCGAACUUGCCGAAGAGAAACGGAAAGCGGGGUUUGUUGCUCCUGAGGCUGAACAGGUGCCGGGCAAGUACAGAGAUAUCUAUAUCCGUCCUGUGAAGAAGGCAUAG